AGCUGUAACUCGUAAUUCAUACAUGACACACUGCUUAUAUUAUGCCUGAAGUAUUAACUUGGCAUUUUCACUUUUAAGUUGUAAAAGGCGGAGGUACCUGCAGCAGUUUACAUUUAUUCAUAAUUCAUUUUGUUCCAGUUUUAGAAUCGUAAACAUUUUUACUUGUUGGCAACGUUUCUACAUUACUGCUUACAUUGCAAUUAUCAUCAUAUGAAAUUCUUGUUUAUUUAAAAUAAACUUGAGUGCGUCUUCCAUGCAUUAUUAUAAGUUUUCUUUAUUUGAUAGCUAAUCAAUAAAUAAUUUUUCAUAUUUAUCGUUCUACGAUAUAAUUUAUGUAUCUAUAUUUUUAUACAUUAAGAAAUUCUAGUCACCGUUCUUGGUAUUAAAAUAAGAAAAUUAUUGAAAGUUUUUGCUCUACUUAUAAGUAUUGAUUAUUGAACCGUUGUGUUGAUAUAAAAAAAUGUUGGCCAAUGCAAAGAAAUAUUUGUUUUCAAUCAAAGGAUUUCAAAAAUUGUCUUCCCAAGAUUUUGGUUCUGUGGUACUUCGUCCUAGAAUUAAAGAAUUUACUGUAAAAAAUGAACCUAUAUUAGGAUACACUCAGGACAGUAAAGAACGUAAGGAAUUAGAAACUGAACUCAACAGAAUUUCGAAUACCAUAGAAGAUGUACCUAUUAUUAUUGGAAGUGAAAAAUUCAAAACUAAUGAUAUUAGAUAUCAAGUCAUGCCUCAUAAUCAUGAAAAGAAAAUAGCAAAAUUCUACUAUGCUUCAUCUGAUUUAGUAGCAAAAGCAAUCAAUGUAGCUACAGAAGCACAAAGAAAAUGGGAUGCUGUACCAUUAGAAGAUAAAAUUGAUAUUUGGCUUAAAGCAGCUGAUCUAAUGGCCAACAAAUAUAGGAUGAAGUUGAAUGCAACGACUAUGUUAGGACAGUCUAAAACAGUCAUACAGGCAGAAAUUGAUUCUGCGGCCGAACUUAUUGAUUUUAUCAGGUUAAAUGCUUUUUUUGCUAAAGAAUUAACAAAAUAUCAACCUAUUAGUGAAGAUAAUAAAGUCACGUUAAAUAGUUUACGCUAUAGAGGACUGGAUGGUUUUGUUGCAGCUGUAUCGCCAUUUAACUUCACUGCAAUUAGUGGAAAUCUAGCUUAUACCCCUGCAUUAAUGGGAUGUUCAGUAUUAUGGAAACCAUCAGAUACCGCUUUACUGUCCAACUGGGCUAUUUAUGAAAUAAUGACUGAAGCUGGUGUUCCAGCUGGUGUCGUAAAUUUUGUUCCUGCAGAUGGUCCUGUUUUUGGUGAUACAAUAACAGCAUCUUCAAAUUUAUCUGGAAUCAAUUUUACUGGAUCUGUCCCAACCUUUAAACGAUUAUGGAAACAAGUGGGUGAAAAUAUAAAUAACUACAAGAACUUCCCAAGAUUAAUUGGAGAAUGUGGUGGUAAAAACUAUCACUUUGUUCAUCCUUCAGCUGAUGUAGAAUCUGUUGUUAAUGGUACUAUUAGAUCUUCAUUUGAAUAUUGUGGCCAAAAAUGUUCAGCCUGUUCUAGAAUUUAUGUGCCUCAAUCUCUUUGGUCUAAAAUUAAAGAAGGAUUACUAGAAACUCGCAAACAACUUAAAAUAGGAGAUGUUGCUGAAUUUGACUCAUUUGCUUCGGCAGUAAUUGAUAAUAAUGCUUUCAAACGUAUAAGUGGGUAUAUUGAACAUGCAAAGAAAAGUUCUAAUUUAAAAAUUAUUGGUGGUGGAGAAUAUGAUAAAAGCAAAGGAUAUUUUGUACAACCUACAAUUGUAGAAACCAAAGAUCCUUUGGAUAAGAUUAUGAUAGAAGAAAUAUUUGGACCUGUAUUAACUGCUUAUGUGUACAAUGAUUCGGAAGUUAAAAAUACCUUGGACCUUGUUAUAAAUUCCACUCCAUAUGCUUUGACUGGAGCAGUGUUCUCUCAAGAUAAGAGUUUCUUAAAACAAUCUAUUGAAACACUUAAGUAUUCAGCUGGAAAUUUUUAUCUUAAUGACAAAUCAACAGGAUCUGUAGUAGGACAACAACCAUUUGGAGGAAGUAAAAUGUCAGGUACUAAUGAUAAAGCUGGUGGACCUCAUUACAUUUUAAAAUGGACAUCUCCACAGUCAAUAAAAGAAACAUUUGUACCGUUAACAGAAUGGAAAUACCCAUAUAUGAAGAAUUAGAAUAUUGUGUUUAAUUUAGAUCUGAUUUUUUACAGUAGUCAUCUAUAAUAAAACUGUGAUAUUGUUUGAAUAGCUCUUCUAAGUUUAAAGAGGACAAGAAAAGCAAUCUCGGAUUCCUAUAUUUAAUAUUAUAUAUUAGAAAAUACUCAAGUAUUGCAUUUCAUUAGGAAUUGUUAUAAACUCAAUAAUUAUUUAUAGAACUUCAGUGUUUGUUUUUACAAUCUUUUUUGACAUUUUUAUUUUUAAUUUUCCAAAUGACGUUUUUGUAGGAGUGUUUUAUGUAUUAUAUAUAAUAUUUUAUUUUAGUAUUAUGAUAAAUUCACAGUAUUUUUAAUUGUUAUAUUUUUAAAUUCUCAUUAUUGAGUUAAUGAAAAUUAAUGAAAAUAAAUGUACCAAAUGUAUUUAACUCUAAAUUGUUAUUUAUAAAAUUGUAUAACUUUUAUUAAUUAUACUAAACAAUAAUAGACUUGUUAA